AUGUGGAAUCUUGCAUUAUGUGGUUUUGAUCCCCAGCUAAAAGUUCCACCAUGCAAAAGUAGUGCUCAUCGAAGAUCGAAAGUUCUCUUAUUGAUUAUCUUGUCACUAAGCACUACAGUCACAUUAGUUGUGCUAGUUCUUUUAUUUGUGUUGCUGAAAUGUCGCAAAAAGGACAGAAAGCUACGUAGUAUUCUCGAUAUAUCGCCACAAGAAACAUGGAGAAGAAUUUCUUACCAAGAACUUGUUAGAGCAACAUGUAGAUUCAAUGAGCACAACUUACUUGGCAAGGGGCAUUUUGGUUCAAUUUACAAAGGAAGACUUGGUGAUGACAUGGAGCUUGCAGUAAAAGUAUUCUACCAGCAAUUUGAAGAAGCUUUUACUAGUUUUGAGUUGAAUGUGAAGUAA